AUGUCCGCAGCACCCAACUCCGGCGCCGCCCCCACGGCCAAAGCCCCUAACAGCAACACCGACAAACCCAGCGGCGACGCGACUAAAGAUUUAAAGCUUGCUGCUGCAUUAGAAGAAGAUGAUGAGUUUGAGGAUUUCCCUGUUGAGAACUGGAGCCAAGAAGAAACCGAAGUACCCGGCGACAACACACAUUUAUGGGAAGAGAGCUGGGACGACGAUGAUACAUCUGAGGAUUUCUCUGCGCAAUUGAAGGAAGAAUUGAAGAAGGUUGAAGCAAACAAGAAGAGAUGA